AGCUUUCCCGCCUUCCCGCCUCAGGCGCUGCGCGAUGGCGCCGCGUUCUCCCCGCCCCGCUCCGCUCGGCUGCAGCCGCGGUGAGUCCCGGGGAGCCUUGAGGCGCUGGGCCCGCCCUGAGAGUGUGGUGUCCGCGGCCCCGGUCCCUUCAGCGGCCUUUCCGUAGCGCAAGGCCCCGGGGCACCGCUCUGUGUGCCGGGUGCUGCAGAUAUAGUACUGGUUACCAUGAAAAGUGGUGGACAGAAUGGAGCCAGAGUUACAGGAGCUCUGGUGUGGGCUAUGGUGAAGAUAUGAGCCCCUCGGUGGGGAGGAAGAAUCCUGCUGGCAGCGAGUGAGCAAACCGUCUGAGUUGUGUUGUUCCACAGAGGAUUUAGAGGGGUCUUGCUGUGUCAGAUGAUGUUGGAAGGCAUGUCACAGUUGGCAGGCCGAAAUCAUGCAGAUGAGCAGUUGGAAGUAGCGGUUUCUGCAGCCAUAGAAAAGGAUGUCAUGGGAAAAUGGAUUGAUCCAAAAAAUCCAGCAGCUGACAUUAAGCGAGAAAAAUCUCCCAUCAAAACUCAUGCUGAAACUACUGAAUUAUUAGAUGGAGAACUGGAUGCUCUUCGGUCUUUUUGCACCAUUAAGAUAAGUAAGAUGCGUCAGCAGCUGCACUCUAAGCAGGCAGACGGUGGCAAGUCAAGAAAGCUGCAGCCUGGAUUCACAGCAAAGAAACAGGAGACAAGUGAUUUGAACUGCAUCGUUCCUGAUCAGCUAAUGAAUAGAAUCCGCCUGAAAAAUAUCAGAGAGACUGUUAAACAGGUGACAGAAGCUCAGCUCCAUGAAUCUUCAGUGUGCCCUGACUGUCAGAAAAAGCAAGCAGAGCUAGCCAAGAUUGCCUUUCUCAGACGGAAGAAGGUGCUAAUGGAAAGUGCUCUAAUCCAAGAGAAACUGGAAGAACAGAUUUACUCCAGAGAUGUGCUUACACGUAUAGGAGAAGCACUUGAAAGCUUUCCCAAACCUUCAGAGGAUCCCAGGAACUUAUGGCAAAGGCUGAAAGGUCAUAAAAUGUAAAGCCUGAAGGCAGUAAACGUAACUCAAGGACAUAAAGAACUGGGAGAGUCAUCUGCGGGCAGUCACAUACUGAAUGCCAAUGAUUGUGGAUGUAACCUGUGUUGUCAGUGAUUAAUUGGGUGGUGGUUUAAUAUUCUAGCAGGUGGAAGUAGAUAUGCCCAGCAUGUGGGUGUCUGGGUUAUGGUUCAACCCUUCAUUUUCCCUAAACACAAAUGUUGCAAUGUAUUGUAAUCCAGCUCAAUACGUUUUGCACAUUACGGAAACCAAUGAUUUCUAUUAUUAAUCUGACAAGUAAAAAGUAUUGUUUUUGUGGGAUUGCUUGUGGAAUUUCAGAGCAGCUCACAGCUGCUUCCAUCCAUAAGAAAAAUGAAUGAUUCUGUUUUUCAGGGCAGGGAGGUACAAUUACUGGAUUUCAGCUCAAUCUUUGCCCACUGUGUCAUGGUAAAUUGGAAGCGAGAGCCCCAGGUGGAGGAGAAAAAGAAGGUUGUGAAGUAACUAUAGAAAGGAGUAAAAUGAGAUUGGGGUAUUUAUAGAACUGAAAUAAUGAGACUAUAAGAGAAAUUAAAUUAAUCAGCAAGACUGAGGAUGCCAACAGGACAAGAAAUGAUGAUAAAUUAAUCAUAGAACUUGUAUAGGAUAGGUUUCUGGGAAUAGAAAAAACAACAUAGAUUAAAAUCGGAGUAAGAUGCCAAAUAAUAUUUUUUGACCAUUUUUUGAAUGUACUUUGGAAUUUGUUGUAAUUUUCUGUGAUACUUUCCUAGAUGGCCAAGUCACUGUAUGUCAGAGUGGGUGAAAGAUUGGUAUUCAGUACAUAUCUAAAUAAAAUGGCUUUAUGCUGGGGAUCUCGAUGGGUUCGACAAUGAAAUCAUCUUCAUUGCAUCCUCAAAAGAUGUGCUGAUCAGUGGGCACAAAUGCAGCCACCUUGCUGAUCAGUGCAGAUGGCGAGAGCUCGUGUCCCUCUUGCAGCAACCUUGGGCCGUUGGACUUGAGUGAGUCAUGAAGUUACCGACUCUCACCAGUCUCCAGUUUCCUGACUUGUGUGCACUUAGAUGUCUGAAGGCUGCAGAAAUCUUGAAGGAAUAUCCUUAUCUAUGAUAUUUUCCUGAAUUUUUCUUACAGAGAAAGUAGAAUUAAAUGUUACUGUUGCAUUUUGUUGUCCCAUUUUGGGACAAGAAUAUGUAUUCUUGAAGUUGGUUUUGUGUUGUAUACCCAUGUAGUUAUUUACUUUUGUAUGCUGUAUUUUGUUUUAAGAGUGUUUGAAGGUUGUGGAGCCUCUUGUUUUCACUUCCCACAAAUCAGUGGAAAACGUGAUACAGAGGUAGAGAGGUCCUCCUAUUUUAGCCAAUACCUGCCUUUUAGUGCUUAAAACCUACCUUGGGUGAUUUCACUGAGAGGUGAUCCUGAGCACAUCAAGCCCCAAGUGAAAAUAUAAUGCAGGCCGGAGUUGUUCAAAGCUAGUUGUUCUCCCUGCCUUGGCACAAUUUAUUCUGAUUUCUUGUAAACAGCAGGUUUAAUAGCCCAUCAAAAAUAUUCCCCUAAGCUUGGCUUUCACUUUAGAAUUGUCACUGCAGAUUAUGUAGCUACCUAUGUAAUGAAUGCAGCUUUUUGCUUCCUAUUACUCUAUAAUCCUUAGAAAUGUUUAAAUCCCUUAAAUCUCCUACCUUCCAAUCUUAUAAACCUUUUCUUUUUAGAUGCUGCGUCUCUGUUUCUUAUUUGCUUUGGACUAUACCCCUUGUUUCUUGAGUUUCUCCAAGUCUCUCACAACCUGCCCAACACCAGGCAAAGGUGCCUGUUACUCCAUGUGAAGUCUCACAAGGGCAGUUGGAUACAGAAGUGGUGAUCAGGAAUGGAACCCUUUGAAAACGUAAUUUCGCUGUUCUUGCCAAUGAACACAGUUUUCAGCCCUUACAAAACCACAGAAAGUGAGUUCCAGGACUCUAAAUGUAAAUUGAUUAUUUUUAUAAGUAAAAGACUACAUUUUGAUAUUUUUGCUUUCAGUACUUAGGUGCUUUCUAGAAAUACUGAAAUAUUUCUUUGCAACUCUUGUCAAGCCUUUAUGCAGAUACGUUGAACUAUGAGCUAUUUGGGUUAAGCAUCUGACAAUAUUUCUCUGUAAAAUAGUAUUCAUACUCGCGCAGCACAGUGGCUGUAUAGUGCUUGUUUGUUCGCAUAAAUGUUCCUAAGACAGAUCAGAUAGCUUCUCCGAAAAAUCAAAGCACAUUUUGCUUAUGUCUGCAUGCGUUUCUCUACUGCUCACUACAGUUCUUUCAUUUUUUAUCAAGAAUGACUCUGAGAGCUGAGUGUUUGUCUUUUGCUUUCUUGUAGCAGCUAUUAGGAGUGUACAAUGGAAUGAAUGAUCUGAGUCUCUAAAUAAUUUAUGUUAUAAUCCUGCAGUGUUUGAGACUAGAGAUCUAAAAAUUCUGACAUGGAGGACGUAGGAAAAAAGAGUAGAUCACGUCUCUUCCUUUUUCCCCUCACAGGAGCUCCCCCAUCCACCUUCCUCAGCAGUAGAUGUUUUCUUUUGAUCCAAAGAAACACCCUAAAACUAUGAUCAAGAAAUAUUUAUUCCUCUGCUCCCUUGUUUGUGCUUGCUCGGGUAUAAAAGGAGCGAGAUGGAUCGAGGGUGAUUCAUCUGGUGGGCAGCUGUAGUACUGAAACAAAUCAAUCUGCCUGUUAAAAGUACUUGGGAGCUUUUGCUUUCUAGCUUCCAUGCUACACAUAGUGGUGUUAUUUAAUCUUCUGAAUGAUUUGUUGUGUAGCAGAGUUUAUUGCGCUGAACUUUGUACAAAUACAGAUGGGUCUUCCAUAUA